AUGGCAGAAGCUAAGAUGAAAGAACUACGCAGUGACAUUGAUGAGUUAAAUGAAUUAUUGAAGCUAGCUAAAAGGAAAAAGGUACAAGAUGUGCUGUCAUUGGAAGCCAGAAAAUUGGAAACUGAGUGGAUAAACUUGAAGGAAGCUAAUAGUGCCAAAUCAACGGAUGUUGAAGCAUUGCCGGCUGCAUCUACUGCAGCUCCUAAAAGAUACCAGAUUAAAUUAAAUGGUUAUGGCUGGGACCAAUCUGACAAAUACAUUAAAGUGUUUGUAACACUAAAAAAUGUUCAGUCUCUACCAAAAGAACAGGUGUACUGCACAUUAACCGAAAAAUCUAUGCAGUUACAUGUAGAAAAUCUGGAUAAUAAAGAUUAUGUACUUCUUAUUAAUAAACUCUUAGAACCAAUCAAUGUUGGUGAGAGUCACUGGAAGAUAAAGACAGAUAUGGUGGUGAUAUUCCUUGCAAAAUCUCGACCAAAUGUGAAGUGGUCCCAUAUGACUGAAGUGGAGAAGAAAUUUGAGGAUCAGCGCUCUAACCGCUUCAAACCUUCAGAUGAUAUAGACAAAAGUAAAGAUCCACAGGAAUCCAUCAUGAGCCUCAUGAAGAAUAUGUAUGAAACUGGAGAUGAUGAAAUGAAAAGAAUGAUUUCCAAGGCUUGGUACGAAGGACAAAAUAAAAAGAAAACGGAUACUUUAGACCUCUAA